GAUUUUGUAUAUAUAAAGUCGAUUUCUGGAUGACGCGAGGCAAUUGAGUUUAAACGACGAGCAAACAUCAAGAUCACGAUCAAAGAACGACACUCAAGAUGAAGUCUUGGACGAUUUUGUUAUGCUUUGUGCUGUGCGUGAUCCCGUAUGUAAUGACACAGUCGGAAGCAUAUGUAUUGUCCUAUCCGGGCGACUGCAGCAAGUAUCAACAAUGCGACGCGAGCGGUUGCUUUAUUAUGAGCUGCGGUAGGGGAACAGAAUUCAAUCCAGCUAUCGGUACCUGCGAUUAUCCUUUGAGGGAUCGCUCAGGAUGUGGUAAUCGCGGAUGAGAGCCUCGAGCUUCGAGUCUAGGAGUGAUAUUUCGUAAGAUGCUGAAUCAUUUUGUAAUUUCCCGACGAAAAAAACAUCAUGUUUGUUGUGUUUGAACGGCUAAAUACUUGUUAUUAUAUUUGUAUAAAUAAAGAGUUACGUAUAUAAAAACUGUAGUAUCGUAUAUAAAAACUGGAUCAAAAUAUAAUUAAUAUUACAUCA